AUGGCGAGGGCAGCGACGAUGUCCGUGGCUAUGGUUCUCGUCAUGCUUGCCGCCGUGUUCACCGCCCACGCUGACGUUGGCUUCAUCUCCAACACAUGCAAGAAGACCAAAAACCCAUCCCAAUGCGUGGCCGUGCUGAGAGCCGACCCACGGAGCGCCAAGGCAUCCACCGAGCACGACCUCGCCAGCAUCGCGCUGCAGAUCGCCACCGACACCGCCGACCACAACGGCGAGGUCAUCGAGAAAGCGGCCAAGAAUAGCCAGGGCACUCCCGAGGGAGAUGCGCUGCUCGGCGUCUGCUUCGGGGCCUACGGGAAAGCCGCCAGUGACCUUGGCAUCGACGCUCGCCCAUGGUUCGACUCUGGGGACUACACUGGCGCGUGGAAGCUCAUCUCGGGCGCUAAGGAUGCCGGCGAUGUGUGCGAGAAUGCAUUCAAGGGGAUCGGCAAAAGGUCCCCCGUCACCGAUAUCGAUCGCCAGAUGACGGAGCGCUGCGAUGUCGCCUGCGAUCUCGUCCGCCUGCUUAUCCCCAAGUGA